GCAUGGCGUGGCCCUGCAUCAGCCGGCUGUGCUGCCUGGCCCGGCGCUGGAACCAGCUGGACCGCUCGGACGUAGCGGUGCCGCUGACACUGCACGGUUACUCGGACCCCGGGAGCGAGGAGCCCGGCGCGGACUGCAGCGUCUCGCGCGGGAGCCCGUCGGUCGCGGGCGCGCGGGAGCCUAGCCGCGCUGUGCCGCUCACCCAGUACCAGCGGGAUUUCGGUGUGCGGACCGCGCGCUCGGGGUCCCGGGAUGUGGCACAAGAGCGCACACCGGGGCCGGGCGGCCGCAGGGGCCAGUCCCUGGCGCCCCCCACCCGGACGGUCUACGUGCUGCCGGUCGGGGACGCGGACGCAGCUGUAGUAGCAACCACGUCUUAUAGACAGGAAUUCCAAGCUUGGACUGGAGUGAAGCCUUCAAGAUCCACAAAGGCAAGAGCAGACAGAGUCAUUACAACUCACAGCUCCGGAUGGGACCGCAGUCCUGGGGCCAGCUUCCAGGUUCCAGAGGUGAGGAAAUUCACACCUAAUCCCUCAGCCAUCUUUCAGACAUCAGCUCCUCAGACUCUCAAUGUGUGACCAGUAGAAACCAUGGUUGGGAAAGCCAGACCCACCAAGCAGAGUCCUGGCCUGGUUCUCUGCUUACAGGAGCAGCGUGGCUGCUGGCUCUGGACAUGGUGUGGUGUGGAGGACAGGACACCACUUGCUGCACUCAGCCUCCCCAACUGUCCUCCAGCAGGAGGUCAUUUGACAUCCUUCAGGUUGUCAAAUCUGAUGAUCAAUUCAGCUGUGACAUGAACUACUCCAGACUAAGAAAUUUGCACACUAUCAAGCCUUUGGUAGGUUGGUUUCACACUUUGGAUGGUUUUCCCAAGAUGCAUGUGUUUUUUUGUUAUUUGUUUUUUUUUUUUUUUUUUUGAUGACUUAUGGUAGCCCCAGGCAGUAUCCUCAUCCUUUUGCAGUGCUUACCAUUAAGAAAUUAGCCCAGCAGUGGUGGCACAUACCUUUAAUACCAUUGGAGGGAGACAAAGGUUGAUCUGAGUCUGAGGCCAGCCUGGUCUACAGAGCUAGUGACAGGACAGCCAGAGCAGCACAGAGAAACUCAGCUUCAAAACAAAUGAGGAGAGGAGAGGGGAAAUCAAUCUUAGGUUGCCAGGAGUGAUGCCUUUAAUUCCAGCACUCUAGAGGCAGAGGCAGAAGGAUCUCUGAAUUCAAUGCCUUCCUGGUCUACAUAGCAAGUUUCAGGAGCGCCAGGGCUACACACUUUGUUUCA